CCCGGCCUGUUCAAAGCAGGAAUAUCUUGCUGUAAUUCUGCCUCACUGAACCGUAUAUAAGCUCUGACGUUGGCUAUCUUCUUGGGCUGCUGUCUUAUCAUCUGCCAGCAGCCAGCUAAGCCGGGGCUAAGAGAGGCCUGAGAGAAGAGAGGAGAGAGGCACCAAAAAUAAAGGCUGCAGAGCACUUGAAAAGGAGCUACUGACAUGAACACAAUACAUGCUACAAGAACAUGACACAGCAAGUUCCCCCAGGCCUGUGACUUCUUCUGAUAAGGCCUUUGCUCCAAACCAAGUGAAACCUUACAUUUGCACUACAGAAGCCUGUCCACUCCUGUUUGUCCAAACCGAGAUCCAGCAAAGGGCUUCAAGUGAAAAUAAGAGACUCAAAAAAAAUCUGACAGAGAAUUGCUUAAAACAGCAACAAGCGAUAAACACAAAUAAGAAAUUCAAAAAGGCAGCUACAGCUUUUUCGUUGUGGACGACAACAAGCACCUAAAAGGCAUCAACACUUGACAACGCAAGCAGUCAUGUUUCAGCGUUUGAGCAACCUGUUGUUUGGGGAGGUAGAGGAGGUGGCAGCCGAGCUGAAGGGACCCAACCCCUGUGUGACGGAGGCCGACGAGGAGGGAUGGAUGCUCGUCAACCUGCCUGAGGAACCUGACUGCAUGAUGCAGGCCGAGGAUGAGACAGGAGCCCCGCUGAUUGCACAAUCAUUCUCAGACAGUAACCAAUCAAAUCAUCAAGUUACACUUACAAGGACUGAAUGCCCGGUCCACAUUCCCCACCCGCCUCACAAGCGGCGUAGGACACAUAAAGGUCGGGCGCGAGGUGCAGUAGCACCAUCAGUCCCCCUGUGUUGUCCAAGCGCUAGCCCGUCAGACUCGGGUGCCAUUACACCCGUGACCCUUCCGAGACGGGCCAGGCUGUCCACGCCCUCCUCCACAUCGUCGUUGUCCCCUGGCUCUGGAAGUGAGUGUGGGAGCAGUGGGGGUAGAAGUAGGGCAGGCCCAGAGAGAGGCUGCAUGGAUGAGAGCUGGUUUGUCACCCCUCCCCCCUGUUUCACUGCAGAGGGAGCCACGGCAGAGGCCAGCCCGAUGGAGGACCUGCUCAUCGAGCACCCCAGCAUGUCUGUGUACGUCUCCCCGAGCAACUUCUCCAUGGUCUCCAACAGCAACCUGUCUGUGGUGGGAGAGGAAAGCAUUGUCAGCCUGGCGAGUAGCGUGAGCAGAGUGGCAGAACCAGCUGCUGCCCCCGCUGCCCGCAGCACUAUGCCCACCAGGGUGAGCCGUGGAGCAGCUGCCCAGGCUGGAGCUCUGGCCAAGGUCACCCAAGUGGCCAGGGUCCAGCGUAGCAAAGCGCGCAUUGAGCGACGCCACCUAGGCCGCAAUCGCAUCCAACGCCAAAACCGCACCAGGGAGCAGGUCCCUCGCCACGCAGCCCACGCCAGAAACACCUUCCUGCACCAGCCCAGCAAGCGUAACUUCUGCCACUAAACUCCCCAGCAAGCAGGGGGCAUUGUUUACUCUGAGGGCAUUAGUAGACACACGAGAUUAAAUGUAUUCCCCCCUACUGCAUAUAUGCUUUAAUUUCUGCACAUUAUAUCAUAUUACACUCAGAUACCAGUAGACCAGUAGCUUUUUUGUUUUGGUUAAGUCACAAACUGAUUCCACCUGGUAGUUUUAUGCCCCAUUCAAGCCCUCUGAGUAGAUCUAUGUAGACCUUUAUUAUACUUGUUGUCCAUUGCAGUAUCCAAACAACUAAAAAAAUCCUCAAAAAUAUUUAAACAGGUUGUACUUAGUAACAAUAAUGUUUGAAAAACAACAAAAAGAUUAGCUCUAUUGUUUUUUUCCUAUCUCGGUAAAAUACUCUUUUCUGUCACGCUUCUUCAAGGCAUGUUAUUUUUAUUAAUUCAACCAUUAAAUCCUUAAAAUACUCAAUUUGGAGAUAAUGAUUUAAAAUAUAAGUGUACUUUAAAUCUUUUUCUGGUGGAAACCAUGAGAGAGAGAAAAGUUAAGCAUCUUUGCAGAGAAAACAACUCAUCAUGUCUACAAAGCUUUACUUUACAGGUGAUUAUAUUUUUCAUUAAAGGGUGAAGGAUAUACCGUGGGUGAGGAGUGUGAGAGGAAAAUCACUAGACGUUUGUUUCUCUUCAGUUUCCACAUGCAAAGGAAAAGGCGAUGGCAAGGAAACAUGGAGCAACCCAUUUUCAUCAUAGGAAACAAAUGUGAUAUUUCUCUCCUCGCUUUGUGGAGGGUGAGAGCAAGUAGAGGAGGGUGAGAGUGUGAGCAAAACAGACUAAAGAGUACAAGAAAUGAUAUGAGGAAUUAAAGCUAUUAUUAAAAGGAAUGUAGUUAGCAUGAAACGGACAUAGGAAAGUGAUAUGUAACCCUCUGAGCAGCCUGUGAGCACUAAAAAACCACCCAGUUUUGAAUAUUUAAUCAGUGUUGCUUUGGAUAAUGAAUAAGGCACCUUUUUUGUGAACAUAAUGAUUAGUGUAAUGGGCACCCAUAAUACACGUAUAAAUAGAAAUGCUGAUAAAGAGUCAGAGUUGUUCCAGUACCAAUAUUGGAAGUGCCUGGUAUUGGCUAGUACGCGGGUCAAAGCUCCGAUUCAAUACCACGUAAUUUAUGAAGAAUUUCGCUGCUCUGUGACAGUUAAAGUUCUAUGGCAUGUGUGUAUUUGUUCAUGUUUUACAAAGGGUUAAACCUGAGCAAUAUCAUACAACAAUGCUAGCAAUCAUUUCACACCCAUACAGUGUUAGUAUACUGCUGUUAAAGGGAUGGUUUGGAUUUUCUUGCAGUGAGGUUGGAUGGGGUACUUUUCCAUACUUUUCCAACCCCAUUAAAAAAAAAAAAACCUGAAUUAUCCCUUUAUUUUUUUACGUGAUGGUAUUGAAUAGGUUCUUGGUAUAGCCCGAUAUGCAAGUUCGGGUAUUGGAGCUGGUAUCAGUAAAAAAGUUAUCUUAUCACAUCAUCUUUAGUCUGAAUAAAUUUGAGGUGAAAGGAUACAGGGCUUGCCGUUGGGUUACAGGGUGUGGCAGGUUAUAGUAAGUGCAGAGCGGUAUUGAUGGCAACUCUUUAUUUUGUUUUGUGAUAUUGUUUUCUGCUCAUUUUGUCUUGUGGAUCGUAACAUUAUUUUGCAGUCUCUCUUUGCAUGGUUCCGCCAAAGAAAGAAAAGGAAGCUUUUUGCUGUCAGACAAACAGAAAGUACACUUUAAAUCGCUCCCUGUUGAUCAUACACAGCAUGAUGAUCAUUAAAUGCGUGGUCUGUAAACUAAAGCAACGUACCCGGCACACAUGAGUCAUUUCCAUCCACAGUGUGUGCUGUGAUCUUUUGUUAUCCAUGUGAACACCAAAUAGAAAGUACGACCUAUUUACACGGCAGUUUCUUUCACUGAAAAGUCACUGACUGCCCAGGAGGCAACUAUUAGGAGGAUGAGGAAGAAACGUCUCCUUAAAGCCUAACAACACCCAUCUUCUCCUCUCAUGGUCGUGCAACUCGUUGUUCAUCCCUUUCUCGUUAGCACAUCCAACUCUUAACAGUUUCCACUUAAAGAUCUAGCUUACUGAUAUGUAUUCAACAACAAUAGUAAACAAUGGUGCUGAAGUGUAUACUAAUGUUUGUAAAUUAUUUGAGACAUGGAUGUAAGUUUGCACUGUCAUACAUUUUGUGAGUCAAAGUUUUAGCAGUGUGCUGUGUGCUUGUUUUUUUGUGAUUAUUUUCUUUUUGUUUUGAUUCAAAUUGUGUGUGAGAAUGUGUACUGACACGUUAAAUGCUAGAAACUCUGAAAAAAAAAACACGAAUAAUUGUCAUUUAUUUCUCUUGUAAAUAUUACAAAACAAUUUAUAACGCUCCAUUAGCCUAGAUGUCAAAGCCUCUCAGGACUUGAGUCCACAACGUGGUGUCCAAUGGGACUAAUGAGAAUCUCUCUCUGCCUCACCUCUGUGCUCAUUAUCAAACCAAGAGGGCAUUUCAGCAGCCAAAAGUUGUGUCUUUGCCCCAACUUUAGUCUCAUCUCUUUGAGAUGCACCACAGAAACAGCACGAGACUCAGAGUUGAUGUGCCAUAGGGCAAACGCUGCCCUCCAGAGGGUCCACUUGGCACGGCUCUAGCUGUAUAGAUGCUGGUGAGGACACAGUACAAUGACAUGGUUUUAAUAUAGUCUGUACUGGUGUGUGUUUAAGGGACAGAAUGUCUGGGGAUUCGUGUAAGAUUGGUCUGAAAUGGAAACAUCUUGCCUCAUUAAGAUCAUAACUAAAAUUCUUUCCGUUUUCAUUUCUGCCAAUAAUCCUAUAAAUGUUCCAAUGCUCUGACUGUUCCAUUCAGAAUCUGUUAAUAUCUGUUAAUUUAUCAUAGAGUUUUGAAUUUGAUCUUUUGUUUUUCUAUUUAAAAAUGACUAUUAUGUUUGCUGUUGACUCCUCUGAAUGGUGCAGUCUAACACACACACACACACACACACACACACCCCUAGAGGCUUCUAACUGACUGUGUGCCCAAGAUUGAAUUUUGUUUGCCUGUCAAAAAAGAGGUGCAAAUAGAGUCAUAAUGAGAGAUCAGGUGUGAAUGUAUGUGUGUGUGUAAAGACCACCACAGAUAGCACUCUGCCACAACAGAUCUGUCGUGUUUACCUCGGUUUUAUUUCUCCAUUUCUUACUGGUGUCAUGUACAGAGGAAAUGUGUUCUCAGUAUGCUGUGUGUGAUUGUUGAAAGGUGUGGUUUCAGGGUGAAAGUCAUCCAACAAUGGGGAGAGGGAGUGGUCACCAGGUGUGUCAUGCUUAUAUGAUGUGGACAGGGAAAGGAUGAGGCAGGAAAUACUUUAUAUAUUAAAAAAUAAUGUUUAAAUGUAUCAUAAAAAAUACAGUAGAAUAUGCUUGUAUUUUCCCAUAUAGUAAUUAUGUUCACCAAUAGGACAUUUUAAAUCAGAGGUGUUGAAUGUCUGGGGAGUUUCAUAUGUUUUAUGUUGUGCCCUGAAAUGAUGGCAGCUUAAAAACACUUAGGGCUUUUGCCCAUGUUACAUCUCAGUUAGUACAUCCAUCCCCUCAUAAAAAUGAAAUAUAUAGACAUAUAAAAUUUGGUGUAUCUGAUAUCUACAGUAUGGUGAUUGUGCCUUUCACUAUUUCUGCAUGGUUUUUGUGAUGUACUGGUUUUUCCAUCCCCAAAGUGGACAGUCGUUCACUGACAGGCAAGACCUAUGCAAAAAUCAACGGAUGGUUUUCCAGCAUCCAUUCAGAAAACACAGGUACCCGCCAAAAAUGACAACAAAAAAACAAAACAAACAACAACAAUAAAUACUCAGGUUAACACCUGAA